CUUGAAAGGUUUACAGUAAAAACGGAGUUAUUUUAACUGGUAGUAAAUGUUAAGGAGAAACCUACUUGAAGAAACUUGUUCAAAGAUAGUUCAGUUCUGCAACAAGUACUCCUUGAAAGAUGGCAUUUGCGUUCACAGCCCAAUAUUCAAACUGGGCGUUCAUGAUAAUUUGCUGCUUAGCAACAAUUUGCUGUCUCUCUAUGCGAAAUGUUGUGGAGUUGAACAUGCACGCCACUUGUUCGAUGAAAUGCUCUACAGAGAUGUUGUGUCCUGGACUGGAGUUCUGUCUGCUUACGUUAAAGAUGGAAACCAUGAAGAAGCUCUCAGAUUCUUUGACUUGAUGAAGGCUUCCGGUGAAAAGCCGAAUGAGGUCACGUUUUCAAAUGUGCUAAGAACAUACUCUGCUUUAGGAGAUUUUGUUCACGGUACUAGAGUUCAGGCCUGUGUGAUAAAGCAUGGUUUUGAAUCAAAUCCAAUCUUGUGUAGUAGUUUGAUUGAAUUGUAUUCCAAAUGGGAUUUAUUUGAGGAAGCCGUUGGAGUGUUCAAUGCCAUGGAAAAGGGGGAUACUGUUUCUUGGACUGCAAUAAUUUCUUCCUUAGUGCAGGCUGGGAACCAGGUUCGGGCAUUACGAUUUUUCAUUCGCAUGAUAGAAGUAGGGGUUUCUCCAAACGAGUACACAUUUGUAAAACUUUUAGGUGCUUGUAGCUCCCUGGGAAUCAAUUAUGGUAAGUUAAUUCAUGCCCAAUUAAUCUUUUGGGGUGUUCGGUUGAAUCUGAUCUUGAAUACGGCGCUUGUUGAUAUGUAUGCAAAGUGCCAAAAGAUGGAGGAUGCUGUGAAGGUCUUAAAGCAAACAUGUGAACAAGAUGUGCAAUUGUGGACAACUGUGAUCACCGGCUUUACCCAAAACUUGAAUUUCCAAGAGGCUAUUAGUGCAUUUAGACAGAUGGUGGGCAAUAAUAUUGUACCCAACAACUAUACUUAUGCUGGAAUCCUGAAUGCUUGCUCCUCAACUCAAGCUCUGCAAUUGGGGAAACAGAUACACACACAGCUUAUCACAGCGGGGUUAGAGAACGAUAUUUCUGUGGGAAAUGCUCUUUUAAAUUUCUACUCAAAGUGUUCCAAUGCCAUAGAAGACGUUAUACAAGUGUUUAAGGGGAUACCUAUACCAAAUGUCAUCUCUUGGACCACCUUGAUUGCUGGUUUCGCUGCACAUGGUCUUAAAAACGAGUGUUUUCUAGCGUUUCUUCAGAUGCAAUUUUCUGGUCAGCCACCAAAUUCCUUUACUCUCUCUUACAUUCUUCAAGCUUGUGGUACAACACAAUCCCCGAGGGAGACAAGGAAGAUUCAUGGGUUCGUUAUUAAAACAAAUGCAGAUAAUGAUGUUAUUGUUGGAAAUGCUCUUGUUGAAGCCUAUGCAGGGUCUCACAUGGUGGGUUGUGCGCUGAGUUUGGCUAAAGGAAUGAGUAAUAGAACUGCCAUCACGUACACAAUUCUUGCCUCUAAGCUGAAUCAGAUAGGACAUCAUAAAACAACAUUACAAAUCAUCAAUCACAUGCGUGAUGAUGAGUUACCUAUAGAUGGCUUCACGAUAUCUAGUUUCUUAUCAGCUUCUGCCAAUUUAGGUGCCACUGAAACUGGGAAACAGCUCCAUUGCUAUUCCAUAAUAUCUGGCUUUUGCACAUGGACAUCAGUUUUGAAUGGUUUGAUAGACUUCUAUGGGAAAUGUUGGUGUAUUGAAGAUGCCCAGAAAGCUUUUCAUGAAAUAUUUGAACCAGAUAUCAUUUCAUGGAACUGUUUGAUGCAUGGUUUUGCUGCUAAUGGGCAUACAACAUCCGCUCUGUCCACCCUGGAGGACAUGAGACUGGCAGGUUUCAGGCCUGAUUCUAUCACACUGUUGACAGUGCUAUUUGCUUGCAAUCAAGGUGGUUUAGUAGACAUGGGUGUCGAAUAUUUUCAUUCUCUAAGAGAAAGAUAUGACAUAGAACCACAAAUAAACCACUAUAACUCGCUAGUUGAUCUUCUUGGUACGGCUGGCCGGCUAGAAGAGGCUGUGAGCGUGCUGAAAUCUAUACCUUUCAGACCUAAUGCAUCAAUCUACAAAAGGUUGUUGCAAGCCUGUAAAUUGCACAGAAACGUGCUUCUUGGAGAAGAAAUGACCAGGAAAGGCCUUGAGCUUGAUCCUUCCGAUUUAGAGUUUUAUGUUCUUCUUGCAGGCAUAUAUGAUGAGGCAGGUCUGUAUGAUUUAGGGGAUAAUAUCCGCUGUAGUAUGGAAGAGGCAUGUUGAAGGAAGAGUCCUGUCCGUAGCCUUGCUGCAAGUUGCUGUAGUAUGGAAGAGGCAAUUUGAAGGAAGAUUCCUGUCCGUAGCCUUGUUGCAAAUUGCUGAAGCUUUCUACUCAGUUCAAACUACAUAGUUUAUUGAUGAAAUUGAUUGACGUAGCAUAAUGGGCUUUGGAUUCAAGUUUUUGGCUCCUCAUGGCACACACAUAUGCUAUAAUCAUAUGCCAGCAGCCAAAUAUUUUCCAGGCAUCUGAUUGAUAAGAGAUCUUGAACAAGUCAUUCAAUUUCAAGCAUGCGAGCAGAUGGUUAAAGCAUACUAGAAACCUAAUUUUCAGAAAGUGCUACUCGAUUCACUAUCUAGGAUGUUGAUUGUACUCAAUAUCAAUUCACAAUAACACUCUCCAAAUACACCAAAUCACAAGCCACUUCAACGGAAUUAUGCCUGUUCAAAAUGGCAUAUGAACAGAUAAGCUUUGGGGUCUGUAAGGCUACUAGUAUUCCCAAUAUCAGUUGCUUGUUUGCAUGGGGACGUUAUAACAAAGAUAAACUAAAUGAGUCUGUUGGGGAAAAGCCCAAUGGAGAUUAUUAGCUAAAAACUGGAGUUUUUAUCCAUAUGCUCAAUAUGCA